UUCGCCUCGCCGCUUAAACCCUAAACCCAGGCCCAAACCCCUCUUCCUCUUGCUGCCGCUCCUCCCAGUCCCCGCGCGCCACCAUGUCGAUGGCGGUGGCCUCGCUCCGCUUCCUCGCGCGCCGCCGGCACCAGCUCCGGCUCGCCGUCCCGGGCACGCGGGCCGCAUUCCUCUCCGACACGGCGGAGGAGGCCCCGCAGGCGGCGCCGCCGCCGCCGGGGCGGAAGGUGCUGGAGAGCUUCCGCGAGGAGUUCGAGAUCGGGGGUCGCCUCAUCGCCUUCGAGACCGGGAAGAUGGCGCGCUUCGCCAACGGCUCCGUGGUCAUCUCCAUGGAGGAGACCAACGUCCUGUCCACAGUCGCCGCCGCCAAGUCCUCCGACCCCGUCCGGGACUUCCUCCCUCUAACCGUUGAUUAUCAAGAGAAGCAAUAUGCUCAAGGUGUUAUUCCCACAACAUAUAUGCGCAGGGAAGGUGCCCCUAAGGAAAGAGAACUUCUGUGCGGGCGCAUAAUCGAUCGACCAAUACGGCCAUUGUUUCCUCAUGGCUUUUACCAUGAAGUCCAGAUCACGGUAAAUGUACUUUCCUCAGAUGGAAAGCAGGACCCGGAUGUUAUGGCUGCUAAUGCAUCUUCAGCUGCUCUCAUGCUUUCUGAUGUACCUUGGAAUGGGCCAAUUGGAGUAAUACGUGUUGGAAGGAUUGAUGGGAAUUUCGUGUUGAACCCAACAGUGGAUGAGUUAGGUUUGAGUGAUCUCAACCUAGUUUAUGCAUGCUCACGGGAUAAAACACUAAUGAUAGAUGUACAAGCUCGUGAGAUAACUGAAAGGGAUCUUCAAGCAGGAAUGAAGCUUGCGCACUCUGAGGCAGUCAAGUAUAUCGACCCUCAAAUUAGAUUGGCCAAGCGAGCUGGCAAAGAGAAAAGAGAGUACAAGCUGUCAAUGAUUUCAGAUGAAAACUACGAGAAAAUCAGAACAUUAUCAGAAGCACCAAUUGAGGAAGUCUUCACAGAUAAAUCAUACGGCAAGUUUGAGCGUGGAGAAGCCCUGCAAAAGAUCACAGAAUCUGUAAAAGAGAAGCUUGAAGAAGAAUGUGACGAGGAAAGCUUGAAGUUUCUUCCUAAAGCAGUUGAUACUGUGAGAAAGCAGGUCAUACGCAAGAGAAUAAUUAAAGAAGGCCUUAGAGUCGAUGGUAGACGACUUGAUGAGGUGCGGCCGUUGUACUGCGAAUCAAGCACAUACCCGAUAUUGCAUGGUUCUGCACUGUUUUCACGUGGAGAUACUCAGGUUUUAUGUACAGUUACCCUUGGUGCUCCUGGUGAUGCCCAGCGAUUGGAUUCAAUUGUUGGCCCACCAACAAAGCGUUUCAUGCUUCAUUAUAGUUUUCCACCAUUUUCAAUAAACGAAGUUGCCAAACGUGGGGGUUUGAAUAGACGUGAAGUUGGACAUGGCACUCUUGCCGAGAAAGCACUACUUGCUGUGCUUCCUCCAGAAGGUGACUUUCCAUAUACUGUUCGGGUAAAUUCAGAAGUCAUGGCCUCUGAUGGUUCAACAUCAAUGGCAUCAGUAUGUGGAGGAAGCAUGGCUUUAAUGGAUGCUGGGAUACCUGUAAGGGAGCAUGUUGCUGGUGUUUCAGUGGGUCUUGUCAGUGAAACAGACCCAACUACUGGAGAUAUUUCUAGUUACCGUAUAUUAACGGAUAUUUUAGGUCUUGAGGAUCACCUGGGUGACAUGGACUUCAAAAUUGCAGGAACAAGGAGAGGUAUUACUGCUAUUCAGCUGGAUAUAAAACCUGCUGGAAUACCAUUGGACAUAGUAUGUGAAAGUUUGGAGCCUGCACGAAAGGCUCGUAAUCAAAUCCUUGAUCGCAUGGAUCAGGAAAUAAGUUCUGCUCGUGCUAUCAAUGAUGGAAGUUCUCCUCGAUUAGCCACACUGAGCUUCAGCAGUGAUUCUCUUAGGAAAUUGCUUUUCCACAGGAAAAAAAUUGAGCAAGAUACAGGUGCACGGGUAUCUGUUAGUGAUGGUACAGUCACUAUUGUUGCUAAAACUCAGCCAAUUAUGGAUAAGGCUAUUGAGAAGGUUGAAUUUCUUGUGGGUCGUGAAAUUGAAGUUGGCAAGACAUACAAAGGAAUUGUUUCCUCAAUAAAGGAGUAUGGCGCUUUUGUGGAUUUCAAUGGCGGACAGCAAGGUCUUCUUCACAUUUCUGAGCUAUCACAUGAACCGGUUUCAAAAGUCACGGAUAUUAUAUCUGUUGGUCAAGCGCUCUCAUUGACAUGCAUUGGACAGGACGUGAGGGGUAAUAUUAAACUUUCACUCAAAGCAAACCUACCCCAUUCCCAUCGGCCUGAAAAGGAGUUAGCAAGUGAGGAUGCUACUCUUUUGCCAAAUCAAGACCUUGUUGGUUGGGCCGCCGUGGAGAACAUGCCCAGCAAGGAUGCUGAUGUCAAUUCAUCCAAUAGCAAAGAUGAAGAUGACACAACUGAGGAAACGCCUGCAUUUUCUACUCCUACAGUUAUAAUUCGCAGUGCUGCUGACUGUGAUGCUCAAGAUGUUGCAAAUGGUCCUACUAAGAAACGUUCAAAGGCGGCAAGUUCUAAGGUUGCAAAGCCAUCCCCUAGAGCAUCUAAACCAACCAAAGAACAGCAGGAGGCUAGGAAAGCUACCCCUAAGAAAGCAUCGACUACGUCAACUGCCAAGAAAAGUAAGAAAGAAAAGGCUGAUGAUUCUGCAAGUAAUGGGCUCGAUAAAGGGAAGGCUGAUGAUUCUGCAAGUAAUGGGCUCAAUGCCAUUCCAGAACAGGAAAUAAGCAAUACCCUGAAGCAUUCGAGUCCCAAGAACUUCCGCUCAGGUUCUAUAAAGCUGGGCGAUGUAGUUACUGCAAAGGUCUACCAAAUACGGGCCUAUGGAUUAGUACUUGAGCUGAGUGAUGGAGUUCGUGGAAUGCACAAGUUUGUGGAAAAUAGCCAGAACAACUUUGAGGUUGGAGAGGAAGUGCUUGUGAAAUGCGACACUUUCAGUGCCAAGGGUGUCCCAGUCUUCUCAGUGCUUGAUUAGUAAAAUUUUGAUGGGGCUAAUUUGCUCUACUCUAGAGCUCUACAGAGAUACACUUGUAAAUGUGUACUCCCUCCGUUCCUAAAUACUUGUCUUUCUAGGCAUUUCAACAAGUGACUACAUACGGAGCAAAAUGAGUGAAUCUGCACUCUAAAAUAUGUCUACAUACAUCUGUAUGUAGUAGUCAUUUGAAAUGUCUAGAAAGCAAAUAUUUAGGAACGGAGGGAGUAGUAGUUAAUCCACUGACUUAAUAAACAUGGGAAGCAGCGAAGUAGCCUCAAAUUUCGUCGGAAUGCUGCACGAGUUUGUGCUUUUGCAGCCGUCGUGAGCAUUUUGCUCCUGCAUUUUUACUCUUCUAGCAUGCAACCAUGCAUAGGAGGAUGGGAAAAUUGAUCAUGUGACUCAGCUGAAACAUCGGACAAUAUGCAGCUUGUCCCAACUUUUGUAUAUUGUUAAUUUUGAUGGCCACAAUGUUGCUCAUUUAUUGUAUUAAACAAUUGUUAAAGUCAAAUUUCAUUUAUA